UUAAAUCAAUAUCUAAUUCCUUGGCUGUUUUGCAGUUAAUAGAAAUUGUGCAUAUAAGAACAUACUUUGUAGUUUUCUUAAGUCCAAACAUUCACGAGAGAAUAAAAUGCUCAGAGAUAUUUAUUGAAAUAAAAAUACAAUGUUGUGGCUGACUCUGAUCAAUUUCCUUAUUUUACUUCAUGACAUUCUUCUGAACAACGGACAAGCAAUUGAUUCUAUUGGAACGUUAAGAAAACGUAUUGCGAAUGGCGAGGAGGCUCAAUUGUUCGAAUUCCCUUUCCAAGUUGCAAUAAGGAAAAACUAUGACGGCAGCUGGUAUCUUGAAUGUGGAGGUGUAUUGGUUGCUCCAGAUAAAGUUUUGACAACAUACAGUUGCGUAACUCGAACGAAACCCAACAAUGUCCGUGUGUCUGUCGGGGUACUCAAUAUGUUUGGGCCACCAAACCAGUACGAACAAACUAUUUACGUUUCCAAAAUCUACAGGCAUGAAAGUAUCAAGGAUGAUCAAUUUGAAGUAUUAGGGUCCCAUAAUAUUGCCGUACUAACACUAAUAACUCCAGCCAAACUUAACCAGAAUGUGCAGAUUGCCAGAUUAGCAGAAAAUGUUUCUAAAUAUUUGGAAACUUACGAAACAAUGGAAAUGGAACCACGCUGUAAAAUGAGUGGCUGGGGUUACACAGAUAGAAGAAAUCUUGUACCAAACACGCUACAGAAAGCAUCCACACGAAUCGUUGAUAAUAAAUUGUGCCAGCAAUGGUGGCCAAUGGUCAAAGUAGCUCUUGAGGAAGGGAUGUACCUUUGUACCAUGGACAUGAAUGUGUACGAAUCGUCGCAGAAACCCACUUUAAGGGGACCUUGUUUUGGAGAUGGUGGCACCCCUUUACUGUGUGCACCUAACAAUGACAAACUUGAGCUGGUUGGAUUGGGUAUCAGUGGAACUAUUGACUGUUCAGAGAGUUACCUCCCUGUUCUGUACCUAAAUCUUUCAAUGUACCGCGAUUGGUUGUCAGACAAGUUGUAAACUUUUACCAGAACAUUGAAUAAACUUGCCCCCC